GCGGCAGGUGGCGAAGGGUCCCAGGGAACAGAGGGGCCUGACGAGACUCACUGACGACAGCACACCGCCGGAGGUGCUGUGGGGAAGGUUCCAGCCCGGCACUGACAUCCCAAGGCUGCCUGAGGAGCCGUCGAGGGACCCGGCCACCAGCAUGCGCUGGCCCCGCUCGCUGCGGUAUGACCUGAGCCUGGUGCUGGCCCUAGGCGCCGUCAUCACGCUGGUGCUCCUCAGCCUGCACGCGGGGCCCAUGGCCUCCCUGGAGACGGAGCGACGGCAGGGCGCACCCGAGACCUCUGAGGCCCCUGGGGCCCCCGCUGAGCCCCCCGCGCGCCCCGCGCCCGCCCCGUGCCUCCCCAACACCUCGCUGGCCGCGCACCCGGACUUCGCGACGCAGCCCGCGCACGUGCGCGACUUCCUGCUGUACAGACACUGCCGCGACUUCCCCACGCUGCAGGAGCCGCCCGCCGCCAAGUGCGCGCCGCCCGUGUUCCUGCUGCUCGCCAUCAAGUCCUCGCCCGCCAACUACGAGCGCAGGGAUAUCGUGCGGCGCACGUGGGGCCAGGAGCGGCAGGUGCAGGGCGCCACGCUGCGUCGCCUGUUCCUGGUAGGCACUGCCGCCGACCCGCACGAGGCCACCAAGGUCAACCGGCUGCUGGCACUGGAGGCAAGGGAGCACAGGGACAUCCUGCAGUGGGAUUUCCAUGACUCCUUCUUCAACCUCACGCUGAAGCAGGUGCUCUUCCUGGAGUGGCAGAAGACCCGGUGCCCCAACGCCAGCUUCCUGCUCAACGGGGACGACGACGUCUUCGCGCACACGGACAACAUGGUCACCUUCCUGCGCGGCCUCGACCCCGAGCGGCACCUGUUCGUGGGGCACCUGAUCCAGGGCGUGGGCCCCAUUCGCGUGCCCUGGAGCAAGUACUUCGUGCCGCGGCUGGUGACCCCCGACGAGCACUACCCGCCCUACUGCGGGGGCGGCGGCUUCCUGCUGUCGCGCUUCACGGCGCGCGCAUUGCAGCGCGCGGCGCCCGCCCUCGACCUGCUGCCCAUCGACGACGUCUUCCUGGGCCAGUGCCUGCGCCACCAGGGCCUGCGCCCCGCCUCGCACAGCGGGGUGCGCACGGCCGGCCUGCGCGCGCCCUCCGCCCGCCUGUCCUCCUUCGACCCCUGCUACUACCGCGAGCUGCUGCUGGUGCACCGCUUCCUGCCCUACGAGACGCUGCUCAUGUGGAACGCGCUCGGCCAGCCCGACCUGGCCUGCGGCCGCCGGACUCAGGUCUACUGAGGCAGCCUCCUGUUCACAUGCAAAGGGACACCACCUUCCUGCCAGGAAGCUGAGGCCUUGGCCUUCCUACGUGAGCUGAGGCGAGGGUGUGCUAAGGAGAGCUCGAUGUGUGAAGACACUGCUGGUCAACUCCUAUGCAUCCUUCAAAACCCACUUGAUGCUGCCCACACUGUGCUCUCUAGGCUGCAGGGACCUCAGCAAAUGUCACCAACUCCUUUUUGUGGUGGGGAAUGACAAGAGGCACCUCUGCUAGGGCUCCGGCUGGGGGUGGGUCCAGCCCAUUUGGAGGACAGCAUCACCUCGCAGCACCAAGCCAGCACUCGGGCUGGACCCUAAGCCACUUCCUGGAAUUGAGGCUGAGUCACCGCUGCAGUUCAAGGCCAGCCAGGACCACUAGAUUCACAGGAGGCUGAAGUGAGGGGUAUUCAGAGCCAGGAGAGAGGGGCCCCAAGGCCUCGGGUGACAAGGACCGGGAUCCGACACCCAUCCCCACGUGAGGGGCAGAGGGUCCUGCUGGCAGGCAGAUAGAGGAGGGCGGAGGCUGUGGAUAAGGUGGGUGCUCAGGGCCUCUGGGGUCCCCAGCAGAGCUCUGUCCCACACCUGGGUCCUCAGGACACCAGGGAAGAGCACUGGGCCAGAGGGGUCUCCAGCAGCCCCCUCCAUGAGGACCUGGGGUCAGCAGGGCUCUGGGGCCCUGGCUCACAGGCAUUGUGGAGGUUUGGGAUGGGUUGGACACAAGUUCUCAGGGAAUAAAACCAUUUGUGCAAGCCUGGA